AUGGCCAUGAAGCUGCUAAAACUCCUCUUCAUACUCUCCAUCACCACCUCCACUGUUUCUGCAGCAUCGAGUGGCAAUGAAAACAACGAAGACAACUCCAUUGUUGGAGUAGCAUGGAGUGCUGAUGAAAACAAGGAAGACUCAGCUGUGGAAAGCCACUUAGCAUUGCCUGAAAGCCCAGAAAGCUACAUAGCAUUGCCUGAAGGCGAAGAAACAACUUCUUCAGAUGGGACUAGUGACUUCAUGUUUCAGAACAAGCACUUGACCUGUGAUAAGUUUCCACCGAUUUGUCGUCGGAAGUCCAGCCCUGGUCCAGAUUGCUGCAAGAAGAAAUGCGUAAACAUAGGGAAGGAUCCAAAUAACUGUGGAGGGUGCGGCCGCAAGUGCAAACACGGCGAUAUCUGCUGCCGCGGGCACUGCGUGAACCCCUCUGUGGAUCCAUUGAACUGCGGUAGGUGCGGCAAGAAGUGCAAGAAGUGGGAGACAUGUCUUUACGGGAUGUGCAGUUAUGCAUGA